AUACAAAAAGUGCAGGCCAGGGGGCCUCCAGGACAGGUUUGGGAAGAGCUGCCAUAGUGUGUAAAGAUUUUCUAGUACCAGAUUGGCAGUCAUGCGUUUCCCUGGUUGUGAUGUCGUAUGCUUUGCAUAGGCACCAUGGAUCCAAAGCAAAUGUGGAAUUACAUGAGCUCUCCUCCAAAAACGAGUAUAACUUGCCUUGUUAUUACAAAACCGCUAUCCCUGGCUCUUCCCAUCGCUCAGAUUGCAAUAGGUGCAGUCUAUCUGAAAGACUGUCCCCAGCAGCACUAUAUCCCAGUGUAUGUGCUGGUUUGUGGAGUGUUUAGUGCACUUCUGGCCUUGCUGUCUUGUCUGCCUUGUGCCAGGCAGACUGAGGAGGUGGGAGGUCAAACCACGCUUGGCCGUAUCUGCAAUGUGUGGAAUGGUCUAGUUUCUACCUUCUUGUUCUGCUGGAUGAUUAGUGGCAGUGUGUGGGUUUACUCCAUUUAUCCUCCUAACUACAACCAAACCCUGGCUAGAGAUUCCUACUGCAAUAAGACCCUCUACCUUUUUGCAUUCUGGACCACCACGCUGGCAUACAUUCUUUUAGGUGUGGCCCUGUUCAUAGGGUGCUGUUUUUGUAUCCGUGCUUGCAUUUGUGGAUUAGCAAAGGACUAGCAAAAUCUCUGUGGGCAGUCUUAGUGGAUCUUGAUGACAGGAGUUUUGAUGGUUUGCGUAUUCAAUUGAAUUUUAUGUAGAAAUAAUAAACCGUUUAAUUGUAUUUAAAA